AUGAAAACGCUCCAAAGGACACCACCACAUUGGGCCCAAGUUCCAAGCUCAUUGGAUGAAUUCCCAAGAGAUGACAAUGCAAUUUCUAUAAAUCCGUGGAGUUACUUACAUAGACUAGGGAUGUACAGAUGUUUAAUUGAAGCAACAGGCAAACGACUUCAUGGAACAAAAUUAGAUGGAAAAUGGAACCUUCUUUGGGGUUUACCAAUUCAACAUGGUUGGCAAUUCCAAACAGGGCGCUUGCGAGAUUUCACAAAUCAAACAUAUUGUGGUUUCAACGGAGCACAAUCUGAGAUGUUUUGUAUUUCCCCAAACAGUUGGUGGGCUGAUAUGAAUUAUUAUUUAUCAGCGUUUCCAUUUCUAGCUGCUGUAAAAGCUGGCGUUUUUAAGUGUCCGAAAACAAAAUGUUCACCAAACCGAGCAGCAGUGAAGCUUUGGAAGGCACACGUGGGAUCAAUUGAAGCAGGCAUGAGGUUGUUCAACGAUGAGUUGAGAUAUCUAUCAACAAAAGAACGUAAUUUUGGAAAAGGUUGGGUAAAGAGUGUCACAAUGUUGGCUGCUGUUAGAUUCAAGACAAAUAUGAGACAAACAGAAAAAUUCCAGACACUUGGCCUACCUAAAAGAAUCCUAUGGGAGACCGAUGACGCCCCCUAUAUCCCAGAUAUGUCACCAACAGAGAACACCUUACUUGAUGUCUUAGAUCAGCUACUCUAUUGGGACAACUUUCUAGGUGGUUAUAUUGUAUCUGGAUGGAACAGUGUAAUGUGUAAUGAGGCAGCAAGAAAAAUGGGGCGUGCCACUUUGAUGGAUUUACUCACUCAGAGCCAUCUUAGAACAGCCAAGGACAUCUUCUUAAUAUUAUGGACUACAAUAACAACUGAUUGUCAAAAAAUACCUAAUAGUUAUGUUAAUUAA